UUGCAUUGCUUGCUUGCAUUUCAUUGCGUUGUUCCGACGUGGACGCAUACGCGCACACAACGCCAACAAUGGAUGGAGUUCACACCUGUUCUCACCCUAAAUUUCGAACUGUGCCCUUGGCUGGCAUUGGAACAAAGCCAGUUCAUUCAAGCAAUUUCUCGAUCAGGUGUGGCAGACACUAUGAACCCUGAAACCGAACGCAACUUUGCUGCGUUGUUUGGAUUUCCACUUAGUUAUCCUCCAACCCUCACACAAGAAUCACCAGCCGAAUUGCAACCAGAGAUUUGUAACCGCCCAGGAGUGAACAUGUUAUUGCCAGCAGUACAACAUCUUCAGCAGCAGGAGCAACCCACGGGGUACGCACAGCCCUUUCGACCUUACGACCUGCAUAUCUGGCCAGACAGACUUGGUAUUUCUACGGAGCGGGUUCGUAGACCGAAAACCAGUCGACCGAAUUGUGGAAAAGUGAACAGUCGAAGCUUUAGGUCCCAUUCAGUAAAACCUCCUUACUCAUAUAUUGCACUGAUUACUAUGGCAAUACUGCACUCUCCUCAUCGGCGCCUCACUUUGGGGGGGAUAUGUGAUUUCAUCAUGUCCCGCUUUCCAUACUAUCGUGAAAGGUUUCCUGCCUGGCAGAACUCAAUCAGGCACAAUUUGUCAUUGAACGACUGUUUUGUAAAGAUACCUCGGGAACCAGGUAAUCCAGGUAAAGGGAACUAUUGGAUGUUGGACCCGAAUUCGGUAGACAUGUUCGACAAUGGGAGUUUCCUGAGAAGACGAAAACGAUACAAGAGAAUAUUACAGCCCAUGAAUUCAGGCGACCAGGUAAUGGGGACAAAGCGAUUCUGCAAUGUUGUGGAUGUGUUAAGUCAAAGAAUUAACGAGGGUGAUCAAGAAGAUCAUCCGAGCAAACCUGAUCCUGUCGCAUCUCCCAUUGACUACAGCAGAGGCUGUGAUAUAACGUCUCCUUCUUUCGGUUUUUCUCUGUGCGAAAGACCUCAAAAGAGUGAAGUUGAAUGCGUUCGCGAAAGAUUUAAACUAGAAAGUCCCAGAAUGAGGCCAGUUCCUGUGGCCCACAUACCUCCCAGUUUUAAUUCAUGCGCCUAUGGUGGAAACUUGAGCUAUACGCACUCACCCCAACCAUCACUGUCAGCAGAGGAAUCGCCAAAUUCACCGACCGAACGUCUAUCCACAAGGGUUUCAGAGAACCCUGGGAGUUGUUUUGGAAAUUCAUCAUCCACGUUUUCCUUCCUUAUUCGGUCAAUCCUUUCUGUGGCGAGGUCCGAGGUCUCAUUAAAGACCACAACCGAAUGCUCCCCGAACCAGAUAAAAGCGUCUCGCGCAUUUACCAUUGAUCAGCUACUCGGAGAUGAUCUUCAGAACUCGAGGUCAACGAUAACCGAGGACGAUUCCCCUCCAGGAAGAACAGGAUCUGAAAACUUAUUGUCCCUAGCGCCAAAAAAGUGUGCAGUUAAUUGUACUUCCACACCAUUCGCUUAUUCCCAGUUACAUCCAGUCCUUGAAGCUGCAGACACCCUGAACCAGCUAAAAGUUGAACAAAACAUCCAGCCCUACCAUUUAGACACCCGAGGAUUUAUACAGUCCUUACUUCUUCCUAGACCCUAA